GGUCUAAGCAGGCUGCAAUAUGAGUGAGGUCGACGAGCCCAUGACCGGUGUAGACGGCGGUGAAUCCCGUCUGCCCCUUUCCGAGGAUGAGACGAGAGUGCUGGAGCUGUACGACAAGCUCCAAGAGCUGAGGCUUGAAAUCGCCAUACUCAACGCGCAGCAAGCCGGUAGAAAUUAUGAUGAGAGCAAUAUCACGGAAGCCCAAGAUGCGCUUCUCACAGCAAGAGCUAGAUAUAGGCUACGAAACGACGCAAUUGAGUCGGUAAUGAUGGCCAACCCGAUCCUUAAGGCAGUCCACAACGGCACACAAGCAUCACCAAUAGAGCGGGACCUCUUCCCAUAUGUGCAGGAGAGAGACGAGACGUCCAUAUCCGUAGCCCAGCAUGCAGAGAGCGUGACAAAGCUCCGCGAUGACCUGACCAAAGUCCAGGUGCAAAGCUUACGCGUAUGUCGCGAGAACAUGGAGCUUGCAAGCGAACUAUUCGCGCUGGCAGAGCAGGCCAAGCAGAAGAAGGCCGUCCGCGUCGACGACCCCCGGGUCCAGCAAGAGAUUGAGAAGCUGACUAGAGAAGUCAAGACCAGCAGGCAGCGGUGGAGGGUUAUGAAGGGCGUAGCCAGCGGUGUCGUUGCUGGAAGCGGCGUCGAUUGGGCAAAGGAUGAAGAUCUGCGCAACAUUGUCCUGGAUCCUGAAGAUGAGGACUAAGAUGGUAAUUGGUUUAUGAAGAUACCCCAGGCGCAAUCAAUAGUACUCUACAGACGCCUUUCUAGCAGUAGCAGCAGCAGCAGCAGCGACUUAUGCUUAUGUAGACGUCAAGCUCAUUGUCCUAGCCUCUCAUACUUUUCAGCUAUCAAGGGUCACUAGAGCUCUGCGAUGAUGCCUGCUGCUCUGUCUUAUCCUUCACCACCCAGGUCGUCUGAGACUGUUGCAGCAUAGGCACCUGGGCCAUCACGCAUCAGACCAACUCUGGCAAGUCUACACUACAAAGCAAAUCCCGAAAAUACGACUUCACAAUUCCAGAAAGGGCAUAUUGCUACAAGCAUUGCAGUGCUGUAUGCUAUCCCCAUAAAAAGGGGCAGAGACGACGUUCAU